AUGGCAGCAGCAGCAGCAACAGCAGCAGGCGCAGGGAGCACGUGCGGGAUUUUGGAAGCAGAGCGGAGGAAGGGAAGCUUCCCUGUGGCGGCUCUCACCGACUUGUUCAAUGGCGGAGCUGAGGCAAGCGUCGAGCGCAAGGCUAUACAGCAGCUGGCACUCGAUGCAGAGCUGCGCAAGUAUGAUGCGGAGCGGAUGAUGAUGUCCCGGGUGGAUCGGUACAAGGCUGCGCUGGGCAGUGUUCGGAGAGUGGUACAGCUGGCAGAGAUCCAUGGCUUGGAUGACAAGCAGAGAGCCUUGCUUCGGAACGAGGGCGUGCCCGACGCUCUGCCUACCGAUCUGCAUGACCUUGCCUUUGUGCCAUUUCUGGCGGCGCAGGCGACUGAGGAUCAGGCGGCGGCUUGGCUGGACGAUGCCCGGGCGUAUCGCAUUCUGGGUUGCUACGCCCAGACCGAGCUCGCCCAUGGCUCCAAUGUGCGUGGCAUCGAGACCCGCGCGGUGUUUGACCCUGACGCUGACGGGUUUAUCCUCACCACACCGAGGAGCGAGGCCCGCAAGUGGUGGCCGGGCAACAUGGCCAAGACGGCGACCCACGCCAUUGUCAUGGCGCGGCUAAUUGUGGGCGAGACCGACCACGGAGUGCAUCCUUUCCUGGUCCAGCUGCGCGACAUGGAGAGCCACAUGACGCUGCCGGGCAUCGAGCUCGGCGACAUCGGGUCCAAGCUCGGCAUGAACGCCGUGGACAACGGGUACCUCUGCCUCCACGACGUCUUUAUUCCGCGGUUCAACAUGCUCGCCAAGUUUGCCUCGCUUGACGCAGACGGAAGCUACACCAAGCCCGCACAUGCCAAGGUGGCAUACGCCGGCAUGAUCUCUGUCCGUGCCUCGCUCAUCAAGGGCGCCGGCGGGUUUCUCGCCCGCGCCGCCACCAUUGCCGUCCGCUACGCGCUGCAGCGGCGGCAGUUCAACUACGCGCAGCCCAACUGCGCGCCCGAGGCCGAGACUCCCAUCCUUGACUACACCAUGCAGCAGUAUCGUGUUCUCCCGCUUGUCGCCACGGCGUACGCGCUCAAGUUCACCGGACUGUGGAUGGAGUCGCUCCACGAUACGCUUGUGGCGCAGAUGGCCGACGGCAACUUUGAGCUCCUCGCCGAGGUCCAUGCCACAGCAGCAGGCCUCAAGUCGUUGACCACUUCGCUGGCCGGCGAUGGGUGCGAGGCGCUGCGCAAGUCGGUUGGCGGCGUCGGCUUUCUCGUAGCCUCGGGCCUGCCCGAUCUCUUCUCCGGCUACGUCGGCGUCGAGACCGCCGAGGGCGAGAACUUUCUGCUCACCCAGCAGACUGCCCGCGCUCUCCUCAAGGCGCUGCAGACUGCGGUCGGCGGCGGGGCACUGACUGGCUCGUCGGCGUACCUCGAGCGGUUUGCGGCCGUUACCGGCGGCGAGCGCUGGAGCCCGACUGACGGCGACGCCGUUGCCGAUCUUGCUGCGCUGGUCACCGCCUAUGAGCACCGCUCGCUAGCGCUGACCGUGGCGACCGCGCAGUCGCUGCAGGCCGCCAUCGCGGGCGGCAAGCCGUACGUCGAGGCAUGGAUCGAGGCCCAGGUCGAAGCCUUCCGCAUGUCGCGUGCGCAUUCGUUUGUGGUGAUUGUCCGUAACUUUGCGCAGCUCUUUGCGCUCUAUUGGAUGGAGGUCCACGCCGGGGAGUUCCUCGACUCGGGCUUUGUCUCCGCGGAGCAAGUCGUAUGGGUCCGUGCCGCGGUCCGCAAGCUGCUGGGGGUCCUGCGGCCCGACGCCGCCUCGCUUGUCGACGCCUUUGACUACCACGACUGUGCGCUCUCUUCGGCCAUCGGGUGCUACAACGGGCGAGUCUACGAGCGGCUCAUCGACACUACCCGGCACGAUCCGAUGAACGCGCCGCUCGACGACGACGAGCCGAGCCCCGGCUGGCGCGAGCACCUCAAGCCGCUGCUGCUCCGCUCACGGAUGUGA